AUGGCAGAAACCGGCGUCGCCCAUAAGGUCAUCUCUGUUAUUCUCCGCCUCUCCGAGCUCGCCUCCGCCAUCAUAGUGCUGGGCAUUCUGUCUCGCUUCUGCUACCUCGCGGGCAUCGCAGAAGCUCAUGUCGACGGGCGAAUCAUCUACACCAUCGUCGUCGCGUGCCUCAGCAUUAUGUAUUCCAUUUGUUUCUGUCCACCGUUCAAGGCCAUGUUCCUGGGCUUCCCGUUCGACUUUGUCAUGUUUGUCAUGUGGCUCGUCGCAUACUGCUUGCUACAAACUAGAACCGGUAGUCAUAAUUGUUCUGCCAGUUGGUACUACAAUUACUGGGGCUACUACUGGGGUCGCUUUUGGCGAGUCGGACCUAUCGGGACGGUCAAUAUCGACGCGGCAGGUUGUGCCUCGUGGAGGACAGCCCUUGCAUUUGCAUUCAUUGCAUGGUUUCUCCAUCUUGUUAGCGGCGUUCUCGGUGUUUAUGUCUUCCGGACUUAUAUCAAGCUUGACGAGACAAAGACCGAUUUGAAAGAACACGCGGAAAAGCUUGCCAGAGGGGACCCCAAGGUCCAUGGUUAUCAGCGAAAUGUUGAACCAACAGAUAAUGUCUAG